CUUGUUGAUUUUUCCUUUUAAUAAUAAUACGCUGUUGGUAAUUUCUUGCAUUAGACAUGUUUAUUAAUGCGCCUCACUAUUAGGACUAACUCUAACGAAAUAGGCAAAUACUGAGAACUACUGUAACAUUUAUUUUAUUCCAUACGAGGUACCAAAAUUAGGGUUUAGUCCUUCGAUUUCAUACAGAAAUUCUCCAUAUCUGCUUCCUUCGGGCCUUCGGCUGGGUUACUCAGAUUUUCAGCGGAGCUGUUUCGAACCAAUUUACAACAGAUGUCUGCCUGCACUCGUUUUCACCCUUGCAGGUAAAGUCAGACGGAAUUCAUUUUCCCGGUCAAGAUGAGAAUAGUUGGAUUGACCGGAGGCAUAAGCUCUGGAAAAAGCACAGUAUCGAAACUCUUCAAAGCUCACGGUAUCCCCGUUGUCGAUGCCGAUGUCAUCGCUCGCAAUGUCCUAAAGAAAGGGACCGGUGGAUGGAGAAAAGUGGUGGCUGCAUUUGGGGAUGAAAUUUUGCUCUCUAGCGGAGAAGUUGAUCGGCUGAAGCUGGGCCAGAUCGUGUUUAAUGAUCCUGAUAGGCGCCAGCUUCUUAAUCGGUUACUGGCCCCUUACAUUUCAUUUGGGAUUUUCCUGGAAGUUCUGAAGCUAUGGAUCAAGGGUUGUAAAAUAAUUGUUCUUGACGUGCCCCUGUUGUUCGAGGCCAAGAUGGACAGGUGGACUAAGCCCAUUAUUGUAGUAUGGGCCGACCCCAAGACCCAGCUUGAGCGGCUUAUGUUGAGAGAUGGGUCCACAGCUAAGGAGGCCCAGAGUAAGAUUAAUGCUCAGAUGCCUCUUGAUCUGAAAAAGUCCAAAGCGGAUAUUGUGAUCGAUAACUCGGGGUCAUUGGGAGACCUGAAUGAACGUUUUGAAGAGGUAUUGGUACAGGUCAGCAAGCCGUUGACUUGGGCUGAGUUUGGGCUUUCUCGAGAUGGAGCUAUUGUGGCUUUUAUUUCUGUUCUUUUCGGUGUUAUUGUAUUUCGAAAAGCUUUGUGAUAGACAGUGUAGUAUUCUUAUGAGGAUUUUUUUGUUAAAUUCUUACAAGUGUAUGUGCACGACACAUGGGUAUUAUUCGUUCGACUCUGGAGCUGUAAUUGGAGUUUAAAUGUAGUUACAUGAUUGAAAUAAUGGAUAAUGAGUUACAUUUGGUGAGAAUUUAAUUUGUUUGCUCUUAUCAGCAUAUGCAGGUGCGAGGUAUGCAGUGAUGCUCUCGAUCACACUCUGGA